GUGGCGGAACGGAUACCGGCAGUCCGGUGAGUGCGGUGAGUCCGGUGAGAGUCCGCGGAGCCUCAGAGCGACAUGAGCGGCUGUCAGAGUGCAGAAGUGACCGUCCUCUGGCUGCUGCUGGUCUACAGAUUUUCUACAGUGAGCUGUCAACUGAAGGUCCAUGGUUGUGUCGGAGACGACGUCCUGCUGCCGUGUCUCCACCGUGAGUUGUCCUCUCUACCAGAGACGGUGUCCGUCUUCUGGCGGGACAGAGACGACGGCGUGGUGUUGAACUUCAAGCAGAACGUCUCCAAACAGGACCCGAAGUUCGGAGGCCGAGUGUUGAGCGACCCUCAGCUGUACCGGACGGGGAACUUCUCCAUCAUCAUGAAGAACGUCUCGCUGUGGGACAGCGGCCCGUACACGUGUUACGUCCCCGCGGCGGGCUUCCAGCAGAGCGUCUCGCUGUCCGUCUCGGAUCAGUGUGUUAAAGCGGUGUUGACUCCUCCUCCUGCUCCUCCUGCUCCUCCUGCUCCUCCUGCUCCUCAUCCUUCAGGACCGUCAGCAGGAGGUAUGGCGCUCACACCGAACUUCAUCACUCUUCUUCAUCUUCUUCUUCUUCUGUCUCCGGCCGGUUGGAGUUUUCACUGACGAGUCGCUUCAGCUAUGAAAAAAAAAACGCUCAUAAUGAGAAUCCUUUAAAGCAACAGGAAACACACACACACACACAGUUCACAUACGCCCGAUUCUGUGGAGGCCCAAAAAUGACCCAAGUAUCAACAACAACCAAAUAACAAAUAAAUAAAUAAAUAAAAAAAGCCAGAAUAAAAAUAUUGAAAUAAAUACAGAAAUA